AUGCAUUCCCUGAGGCUGAACCCAACAGAGACACUGCAGCAAUCCUUCUCUGACUGCCCUGGGAGAGCUGCUCUGUCUGAGAGCUUGGUGACCUUUACUACGCUGAAGUCAUCCGUGCCCGACGGUCCAUGCUCCGCUCCUCGCACGAGAAGGAGGCGGGGGCGACCCACGCGCCCCAGACGCCAGCCUUCGUUCCUGUCACACACGUCUCAGCAACAAAGCAAUGAUCUGAGACGCUUCAGCUGGGCCUAUCCUACCUGCUGUCUGACGAGAGGUGCAGGUUUGUGAAAUGUGAGGGAGUUUCAAAGUGCAGCAUCAAACCCUGAAUAUCUAGAGGACUCCUGAAGAGCUUAUUCUCUUUCAUGUGGGUCUCUCUUGUGUGGAGUGUGGUGAGAAGAGAGAGGUAGGAGAGAUGGGGAGUCCUGUGUCAGCCACCUGAGGGAGAGAGAGAGAGAGAGAGAGAGAGAGAGAGAGAGAGAGAGAGAGAGAGAGAGCGAGCAGGGAGAGCAGAGAGAGUAGAGAGAGAGCAGGUAGCAAGGUGAAAACUGAUGGGCUAGCAACUCUCCUCCGUCAGCGGGUAUCAGAGAGAGCAUGACAAACAGCUGCCGUGAGGUGCCGACCGAGCCGGGCCGAUCGCUGGCUAACACACCGCCAUCGGGCCUCUGCGUGUCAAUAUAAAAAAUUAAAAAAAGACACAAAUUCAUGCCGAACUGCAGAGUGCUGAUCUGGUGAAGGAUGAUAAAUGCCUCAGUCUACUGCAUUCUUGGGCCCCACGCUUCAUGGCUGAGGAAAAAGUGUUCCAACAGCAGUUAGUUAGGGCCCAGAGCCCCAUAAUGCCUCAUUCCUAACUCUCACAGAGUGACAUCGUCUCUGAGACUCGUGGGAUUGUCUCUCACUGAGACUAUAAUCCAGCAUGCUGUUCCCAGGUAACAUUCGGCCUCGCCUCGCCUCACUAGUCUCCACACCCACUGUAUUGAUCACCUUAAAGGGGAUUUUGUCCAGUUCACCAGAAAAGCUGUGUAUCUGAUGCCUCAUCUCACUGAGGAUUGGUCUCAUUGUGUACAGGAGGCUUUUCUAAAGCCAUGGGCCUGUGGAGGAGCGGAGGUAUGGCGCUGGAGGCAUGUUAUUAAACGUGUGUCGUAAAUCAGAGGAGCAGGGCGGAGGAGCUGAUUCAAUCAGCCAACCAGAUGGGCUGGAGUCCCAACCAAUGCUAGAUGGUUUAAUCAUCCCACUACUAAACCUUAAGCAGUGUGUGAUGGGAACAAAUCCAAUGCCUAAACACUGAGGUGUUAACCCCAAAACAAAUAGUUGUGUGUUUUCAGCUGGUGGUCAUAUUGUAAAUUGUGGUACGUACAGCCGUGGCACGCUAGAUUUAUGUCUAUAGCAUGUGAGAAAGAUUAAGUUGAAAUAGUGAGGUACAGUUGAAGUCGGACGUGUACAUACACUUAGGCUGGAGUCAUUGAAACUCGGUUUUCAACCACUCCACAAAUUUCUUGUUAACAAACUAUCGUUUUGGCAAGUCAGUUAGGACAUCUACUUUGUGCAAAUAAGCAUGCCCCAUUCAAAAAAUUCAGAACUAAGAACAGAUAUAGCCCCUGGUUCUCCUCAGACUUGACUGCCCUUGACCAGCACAAAAACAUCCUGUGGCGUACUGCAUUAGCAUCUAACAGCCCCCGCGAUAUGCAACUUUUCAGGGAAGUCAGGUACCAAUAUACACAAUCAGUUAGGAAAGCAAAGGCUAGCUUUUUCAAACAGAAAUUUGCAUCCUGUAGCACUAACUCCAAAAAGUUUUGGGACACUGUAAAGUCCAUGGAGAAUAAGAGCACCUCCUCCCAACUGCCCACUGCACUAGGAAGUGGCUAGGAAACACUGUCACCACCGAUAAAUCUACAAUAAUCGAGAAUUUCAACAAGCAUUUUGCUACGGCUGGCCAUGCUUCAGACAGAUGAUGAUGUUGUUCUGAAAGAGCUGAAAAAUCUGGACCCCUAAAAAUCAGCUGGGCUAGACAAUCUGGACCCUUUCUUUCUAAAAUUAGCAGCCGAAAUUGUCGCAACCCCUAUUACUAGCCUGUUCAACCUCUCUUUCGUAACGUCUGAGAUCCCCAGAGAUUGGAAAGCUGCCGCGGUCAUCCCCCUCUUCAAAGGGGGUGACACUCUAGAUCCAAACUGUUACAGACCUAUAUCCAUCCUGCCCUGCCUUUCGAAAGUUUUUGAAAGCCAAGUUAACAAACAGAUCACCAACCAUUUCGAAUCCCACCGUACCUUCUCCGCUAUGCAAUCCGGUUUCCGAUCUGGUCAUGGGUGCACCUCAGCUACGCUCAAGGUCCUAAACGAUAUUAUAACCGCAAUCGAUAAAAGACAAUACUGCGCAGCCAUCUUCAUCGACCUGGCCAAGGCUUUCGACUCUGUCAACCACCGCAUUUUUAUUGGCAGACUAAAUAGCCUUGGUUUCUCAAAUGACUGCCUCGCCUGGUUCACCAACUACUUCUCAGAUAGAGUUCAAUGUGUCAAAUCGGAGGGCCUGUUGUCUGGACCUCUGGCAGUCUCUAUGGGGGUGCCACAGGGUUCAAUUCUCGGGCCGACUCUAUUCUCUGUGUAUAUCAAUGAUGUUGCUCUUGCUGCUGGUGACGCUCGGAUCCACCUCUAUGCGGACGACACCAUUUUGUAUACAUCUAGCCCUUCAUUGGACACUGUGUUAACAAACCUCAAAACGAGCUUCAACACCAUACAACACUCCUUCCAUAGCCUCCAACUGCUCUUAAACACUAGUAAAACUAAAUGCAUGCUCUUCAACCGAACGCUGCUUGCACCCGCCCACCCGACUAGAAUCACUACUCUCCGCGGGUAUGACCUAGAGUAUGUGGACAACUACAAAUACCUAAGUGUCUGGUUAGACUGUAAACUCUCCUUCCAGACUCACAUUAAGCAUCUCCAAUCAAAAGUUAGAUCUAGAAUCGGCUUCCUAUUUCGCAACAAAGCCUCCUUCACUCAUGCUGCCAAACAUGCCCUCGUAAAACUGACUAUCCUACCGAUCCUUGACUUCGGCGAUGUCAUUUACAAAAUAGCCUCCAACACUCUACUCAGCAAAUUGGAUAUAGUCUAUCACAGUGCCAUCCGUUUUGUCACCAAAGCCCCAUAUACUACCCACCAUUGUGACCUGUAUGCUCUUGUUGGCUGGCCCUCACUACAUAUUCGUCACCAAACCCACUGGCUCCAGGUCAUCUAUAAAUCACUGCUAGGCAAAUCCCUGUCUUAUCUUAGCUCACUGGUCACCAUAGCAACACCCACCCGUAGUCUGCGCUCCGGCAGGUAUAUCUCACUGGUCAUCCCCAAAGCCAACACCUCCUUUGGUCGCCAUUCCUUCCAGUUCUCUGCUGCCAAUGACUGGAACCAACUGCAAAAAUCUCUGAAGCUGGAGACUCUUAUCUCCCUCACUAACUUUAGGCGUCAGUUGUCAGAGCAGCUUACCGAUCACUGCACCUGUACACAGCCCAUCUGAAACUAGCCCAUCCAACUACCUCUUCCCCAUAUUGUUAUUUAUUUUGCUAAUUUGCACCCCAGUAUCUCUAUUUGCAAAUCAUCUUUUGCACAUCUAUCAUUCCAGUGUUAAUACGAAAUUGUAACUAUUUUGCACUAUGGCCUAUUUAUUGCCUUACCUCCAUAAUUUACUACAUUCGGACACACUGUAUAUAUAUUUUCUGUUGUAUUUUUGACUUUAUGUUUUGUUUACCCCAUAUGUAACUCUGUGUUGUUGUUUUUAUCGCACUGCUUUGCUUUAUCUUGGCCAGGUCACAGUUGUAAAUGAGAACCUGUUCUCAACUGGCUUACCUGGUUAAAUAAAGGUGAAAUAAAUAAUUUAAAAAAAUAAGUGCAUGACACGUAAUUUUUCCAACAAUUAUUUACAGAUUAUUUCACUUACAAUUCACUGUCUCACAAUUCCAGUGGGUCAGAAGUUUACAUACAAGUUGACCGUGCCUUUAAACACCUUGGAAAAUUCCAGAAAAUGAUGUCAUGGCUUUAGAAGCUUCUGAUAGGCUACCUGACAUCAUUUGAGUCAAUUGGACGUGUACCUGUGGAUGUAUUUCAAGGCCUACCUUCAAACUCAGUGCCUCUUUGCUUGACAUCAUGGGAAAAUCAAAAGAAAUCAGCCAAGACCUCAGAAAACAUUUUGUAGACCUCCACAAGUCUGGUUCAUCCUUGGGAGCAAUUUCCAAACGCCUGAAGGUACCACGUUCAUCUGUACAAACAAUAGUACGCAAGUAUAAACACCAUGGGACCACGCAGCCGUCAUACUGCUCAGGAAGGAGACACGUUCUGUCUCCUAGAGAUGAACAUACUUUGGUGCGAAAAGUGCAAAUCAAUCCCAGAACAACAGCAAAGGACCUUGUGAAGAUACUGGAGGAAACAGGUACAAAAGUAUUUAUAUCCACAGUAAAACUAGUCCUAUAUCGACAUAACCUGAAAGGCCGCUCAGCAAGGAAGAAGGCACUGCUCCAAAACCGCCAUAAAAAAGCCAGACUACGGUUUGCAACUGCACAUGGGGACAAAGAUCUUACUUUUUGGAAAAAUGUCCUCUGGUCUGAUGAAACAAAAAUAGAACUGUUUAGCCAUAAUGAACAUCGCUAUGUUUGGAGGAAAAAGGGGGUCGCUUGCAAGCCGAAGAACACCAUCCCAACCGUGAAGCACGGGGGUGGCAGCAUCAUGCUGUGGGGGUGCUUUGCUGCAGGAGGGACUGGUGCACUUCACAAAAUAGAUGGCAUCAUGAGGAAGGAAAAUUAUGUGGAUAUAUUGAAGCAACAUCUCAAGAUAUCAGUCAGGAAGUUAAAGCUUGGAUGCAAAUUGGUCUUCCAAAUGGACUAUGACCCCAAGCAUACUUCCAAAGUUGUGGCAAAAUGGCUUAAGGACAACAAAGUCAAGGUAUUGGAGUGGCCAUCACAAAGCCCUGACCUCAAUCCCAUAGAAAAUUUGUGGGCAGAACUGAAAAGGCGUGUGCGAGCAAGGAGGCCUACAAACCUGACUCAGUUACACCAGCUGUCAGGAGGAAGGGGCCAAAAUUCACCCAACUUAUUGUGAGAAGCUUGUGGAAGGCUACCCGAAACGUUUGACCCAAGUUAAACAAUUUAAAGGCAAUGCUACCAAAUGCUAAUUGAGUGUAUGUAAACUUCUGACCCACUGGGAAUGUGAUGAAAGAAAUAAAAGCUGAAAUAAAUAAUUCUCUCUGCUAUUAUUUUGAGAUUUCACAUUCUUAAAAUAAAGUGGUGGUCCUAACUGACCCAAGACAGGGAAUUUUUACUAGGAUUAAAUGUCAGGAACUGUGAAAAACUGAGUUUAAAUGUAUUUGGCUAAGGUGUAUGUAAACUUCCGACUUCAACUGUACCUGAUUGGGGAAUUAGUGGUUGUAACCCCCGGUGGAUCGUUAGACUAAUAACACGGCCUGAGUUUUGAAUUUAUUGCCUGUGACAUAUCUUUUGAAGAUUUAUUAUUAGUUUCCACGGUGUGCUUUUCCUUCGCACCUAAAUUGAGGAUAUCAAUUACUACCCAACGCCAACCAUAACCGUAGGCCAUGGGGUGUAGUAGUGGGAAAGCGAGAAAAAAACGGCAUCCCUCUGAGACACAUUUUUCUGGAAAACAAUUGAUUUCAGCACGUCUUCCACAGUCCACAGCCCAGCUUUUUUAUUUGGAUUGUAUGCAGCUGAAAGUGCUAACAGCCUCAACCUUGUUAAGUUGCUCCUAAAGGCUGGCAUGAUAAUAAAAGCAAGGUCUCAGAAUAUAGGCCCACUAAAAUAAGCCCACUCAGUGUGGAACAUGUGAAUAGAAAGUGUUAAGAAAUAUAACACAAAGGAACCACUCAACUGGCCGACAGUUUCCCUCUUAUCAAAUUAAGCAUGGGAUGGAGUCAACUUCCUGUGAUGGAUAUGAAUUUAACACACACCAUUAUUUAAACCAACUCUACUCUAUAAUUUAGCCCAAGGGCAUUGUAGCAGCACAGUGGACUACUGUGUGGAUGCAAUUAUGAUGGAAUUAGCUACCUUGAGCCCGAGCUAGUAAAACUUGAAUCUGUCCUUUACUAAUAGGACGGCUGAAAACCUGAUUCUAUUAGCAAAGUUUUGUGGAAAUAUUAUGGAAUUUUAAUUGAAAACGCAUGCUGGGGUUCAUAAAUGUUUUACCAUAUUGAUUAGUAGAGGCACCUUAGACCUGCCCUUAUAAGGUUCUACACAACCUCUAGUUAGCUCACUCAGUCAUGACUCUUCCUUGGUAAUGUAGUCAGAGGAACUAUAAAUGCCUUGACAAACCAGCCCGAUGAGGAAACACAAUAUGUCUGACCACAAAACAGUGGUGGAGGGAAGGAGACCACACUGGAGAGGAACCCAGAUCAGAGAGAGAGAGAGUCAGAGAGGCAGAAGAGGAUGAGGAGAGGGAGAGAGAGAGAGAGAGAGAGAGAGAGCGAGAGAGAGAGAGAGAGAGAGAGAGAGAGAGAGAGAGGAGGAGUAGAGAGAGAGAGAGAUGUCAAGAGAGAGAGAGAGAGAGAGAGAGGAGAGAGAGAGAGACAUGGUUCACAUACACCCGCCCAGUUGUGAAGAGGGCACGGCAGCCCUCGAAUCCUCAAAAUUUUAAACAGCUGCACCAUCGAGAGCAUCUUGACUGGCUGCAUCACCGCUUGGUAUGGCAAAUGUACCGCUCUUGACCGUAAAGCUCUACAGAGGGUUGUACGGACAGCCCAGUACAUCACUGAGGCCGAGCUCCCUGCCAUCCAUGACCUCUAUAUCAGGCGGUGUCAGAGGAAGGUCCGAAAAAUUGCCAAAGACUCCAGCCACCCAAGCCAUAGACUGUUCACUCUGCUACCGUCUGGCAAACGGUACCGGAGCAUCGGCUCUCAGACCAACAGGCUCUGAGAUAGCUUCUACCCCCAAGCCAUAAGACUGCUAAAUAGCCAGACUACUAAAUAGUUCAUUAAUGGUACCCGAACUACUUGCACUGACUCUAUCUUGCACUGACCUUAUGCACACUCACUAGACUAUAUAUACACACCAUAUACACACUCACUCACACACACUACAUUGACACUCCCACUCAAAAAAAAACACACAUUCACAUACACUACAUACGCACACACACACACACACACACAUAACACACACACCCAUACCGACACAACACAAACACACAUACAUACACUUUACACACACACACUCACACACUUUUACACUCAUCAUUUGCUGCUGCAACUCUGUUCUUUAUUUUACUCUUAUUAUUAUCUAUCCUGAUGCCUAGUCACUUUAACCUGCCUCAUAUCAUGCGUGAUCUACCUCAAAUACCUCGACCUCUGCCCAAAUGAUCUGGUACCUUCCCUGUAUAUAGCUCCAUUCUUGUGGAUUUUUAUUUUUAGUUUUCCUUCGUGUUUACUUUGUUCGUUGGGACGGGGGCCUCAUAAUCAGCAUUGCAACUGUAAAGUAUACACCAGUUUUGUAGUUCGGCGGCAUGUGACAAUACAACUUUUUGAUUUGAUUUGAUUUGAGAGAGGGAAACAGGAGAGAGAGAGAGCGAGAAAGAGAGAGAGUAUAGAAAGAGAUAGUAGAGAGAGAGAGAGAAGAGGUCAGAGAUGAGAGAGCUAAGAGAGAGAGAGAGGAGUAGAGAGAGAGAGAGAGAUGAGAGAGGCGAGAGAGAGAGCAGAUGAUGCGAGAGAGAGGAGAGAUAGAGGGCGAUUGAGAGUUAGGAGGAUGAGAUCGAUAGCAGAGAGUCGAUCUAGAGGUAUAGAGGUAGAGAGUAACAAGAUAGUGCCUGCAGUCUUUCUUUCAACAAAGAGAGAAAUAAUGGUAGAAAGAGAAAGAGAGAAAAGGGCUAAUGAGCAAAAGCACUGAGCCAUGAGUGCAGGCAGUGCAUUCAGUCCCUUAUUCUCAUACAUUACACACACACACACAGACACACACACUCACGUCCAUAUACACAGUUUAUUAGGUACACCCAUCUAAAUCUGGGUCAGACCCCCCUUUGCUUCCAGAACAGCCUGAAUUCUUUGGGGCAUGGAAACGUUGCUCAAUUGGUAUCAACGGACCUAACGUGUGCCAGGAAAACAUUCCCCACACCAUUACACCACCGCCACCAGUCUGCACCGUUGACACCAGGCAGGAUGGCGCCAUGGACUCACGCUGCUUACGCCAAAUCCUGACUCAACAGGAACCGGGAUUUGUCGGACCAGGACUGCCGCUGACUGGAUUUUUUUUGUUGUCGGACCAUUCUCGGUAAACCCUAGACACGGUAUUGUGUGAAAAGACCAGUAGGCCGGCCAUUUCUGAGAUAUUCUAACCGUUUUACCCAUUUUAACGUUCAAUCGAACAGUAACUGAAUGCCUCGAUGCCUGUCUGCCUGCUUUAUAUAGCAAGCCACGGGACCCACUGUCCAAAGGAGCGAACCAUUUUCGUGAAUGGGGUGGUGUACCUAAUAAACUGGUCGCUGAGUGUAUACAGUACACACAUGAACUGACACGUGCAUGCACAUUGUACGUACAAGUACAUUGACAUGCAGCGAAACAGUGGGUUCCUAGAUCAAAGUCCCUCAGAUCAUUCUAUAACACCGAUAAUGUCAGUCGCUUUCAACCUCAGAUGUGUUUAUGUCAUAUGCAUGUCCAUCGGGAGUGUUGCUGCUUUUGUACUGUAGUUUGAAGGCUGGAUGUGUUUCAUGUGUGAGCCAACCCACUCACUGGAAAUGUAGUUCCAUAUCCUCAGCCUGUUCUAUCCCCCUACUGCAGCAGCCAACAUCACAGUUAAUAACUGCAUGUUUCCAGUCACCACAUUCCCGCUGCAACUGACACCGCGAUGGGUUUGAAAAUCCAUAACGCCACCGCUGAAAGACUUGCCAAUUUGUGAGCAUGGGCAGAGCAAAUCCAUACGCUGCCAGUGUUUCAAUGAAGAGAAUCUUAACUAUUGUGGCUUUUCAUUAGGCUGGCCUACUCCGAGCCAGGGUUCAUGGGGGAGGAGAGGGAGAGAGGGCAGGAGGGAGGAAUGAAGGGAAGGAAUCAGAGGGAUAACUCUGGAGAUGCAGAGAGAGACAGGGGAAGAUUAACGGAAGAUCAGGGAAGCGAGGGAAUAGAGGAGGGACUGCAGAUGAAUGAAGAGAUAUGGGGAAGAUUAACGACAACAUAGAAAUGAAAGAAUGUGAGCUCUGUAGCUUGUGAAUACACCCAGAAAAAACAAAAAACAAAUACAUGGCAGUUAGUUAGUCGGCCUCCAUAGCUCCAUCUCCCUCCGCCUGGCCCAUUUCUCCCUACCUCCAGCUCUAACUAGGCUUAUCCUGCCUCCACGCUUGUUCUCCUGUAAUUGGAGCUGCAAGCCCAAGACGUGCUCAGCGUUCGUCAGGCUGACAGUCAGGGCGGCUUCCAUUAAUGUUUAAUAAGUGAGUCGGCGAGGAGAGGGUUGCUGUCAGCCUGGUGGGACAGAGAGAGACCUGCCCCCCUCCCCUCUCUUCCCUCCUCAUCCCUCCCUGCUCCAGCUGCUUUGUCUCCCCCAGCCACAGCCACAAAGCAGAGUGGCUCCAAAGGCGACACUCACUAAUGGCCUUUCAGACUGCGAUGUGCAUCGUCUCUCUGUGAGGAGAAAGCGAAAGACACAUUGGGUCUGAAUGGGAGGAGAACGGUGCUGCUCCAGAUAGGGAGGAUGCAUUUCAAUGGUGGUUCAGUCUCAUUUCCAGGAAAGGGCAGCCCUCAUUGCCACAUUCUCCAGCUGAGCCAGAGACGCUCAUUGGGACCUCUCCCUUGCACUAAGACCACAGCAUAUUAUUGCACUGUACAGAAUUUAAUCUGAAGCGCCAUAGUGAACCCCGGCCCUGCAUUUUCAGGGCGAAAUGUGAAAGGGUGAAAUGAAUGGAGAACUCCUCCUCAGUAUAAGUGAAGUAUGAAUAGGACUGUUGUGGUGAACGUAUUACACACACACCAGCAGUCAUGAGUCAUGACCGCAGUAAAAUUCCACGUAAUCUCCUCAUAUGCACUCUGGACAUGCGCUGGUAGUACCCAACUAGCUAACGACCAUCAGGUCACUAAUGGCCUGGUACUCAGCGCUCUAUUGUCCCUCUAACCACUCUGACAUCAAUGCAAAUGCAUUCGAAAAUCACAUCAAACACUUAUCAUCAAAACAUUGUGCUUUUAAAACUCACCUCACUCUGAUGAUCAAUUUAAAGAAGUUCAACAACAGGUCGAAACUGAGUGGGAAACAUGGUUGUUAUGGAUGUUGUUUCAAAGCCUAAACUCAACAAAAAUACACAUAUUAGAGCUUAUACAUAUGCAUAGGGCUAUAUAUACAGUGGGGAGAACAAGUAUUUGAUACACUGCCGAUUUUGCAGGUUUUCCUACUUACAAAGCAUGUAGAGGUCUGUCAUUUUUAUCAUAGGUACACUUCAACUGUGAGAUACGGAAUCUAAAACAAAAAUCCAGAAAAUCACAUUGUAUGAUUUCUAAGUAAUUAAUGUGCAUUUUAUUACAUGACAUAAGUAUUUGAUACAUCAGAAAAGCAGAACUUAAUAUUUGGUACAGAAACCUUUGUUUGCAAUUACAGAGAUCAUACAUUUCCUGUAGGUCUUGACCAGGUUUGCACACACUGCAGCAGGGAUUUUGGCCCACUCCUCCAUACAGACCUUCUCCAGAUCCUUCAGGUUUCGGGGCUGUCGCUGGGCAAUACGGGCUUUCAGCUCCCUCCAAAGAUUUUCUAUUGGGUUCAGGUCUGGAGACUGGCUAGACCACUCCAGGACCUUGAGAUGCUUCUUACAGAGCCACUCCUUAGUUGCCCUGGCUGUGUGUUUCGGGUCGUUGUCAUGCUGGAAGACCCAGCCAUGACCCAUCUUCAAUGCUCUUACUGAGGGAAGGAGGUUGUUGGCCAAGAUCUCGCGAUACAUGGCCCCAUCCAUCCUCCCCUCAAUACGGUGCAGUCGUCCUGUCCCCUUUGCAGAAAAGCAUCCCCAAAGAAUGAUGUUUCCACCUCCAUGCUUCACGGUUGGGAUGGUGUUCUUGGGGUUGUACUCAUCCUUCUUCUUCCUCCAAACACGGCGAGUGGAGUUUAGACCAAAAAGCUCUAUUUUUGUCUCAUCAGACCACAUGACCUUCUCCCAUUCCUCCUCUGGAUCAUCCAGAUGGUCAUUGGCAAACUUCAGACGGGCCUGGACAUGCGCUGGCUUGAGCAGGGGGACCUUGCGUGCGCUGCAGGAUUUUAAUCCAUGACGGCGUAGUGUGUUACUAAUGGUUUUCUUUGAGACUGUGGUCCCAGCUCUCUUCAGGUCAUUGACCAGGUCCUGCCGUGUAGUUCUGGGCUGAUCCCUCACCUUCCUCAUGAUCAUUGAUGCCCCACGAGGUGAGAUCUUGCAUGGAGCCCCAGACCGAGGGUGAUUGACCGUCAUCUUGAACUUCUUCCAUUUUCUAAUAAUUGCGCCAACAGUUGUUGCCUUCUCACCAAGCUGCUUGCCUAUUGUCCUGUAUCCCAUUCCAGCCUUGUGCAGGUCUACCAUUUUAUCCCUGAUGUCCUUACACAGCUCUCUGGUCUUGGCCAUUGUGGAGAGGUUGGAGUCUGUUUGAUUGAGUGUGUGGACAGGUGUCUUUUAUACAGGUAAUGAGUUCAAACAGUUGCAGUUAAUACAGGUAAUGAGUGGAGAACAGGAGGGCUUCUUAAAGAAAAACGAACAGGUCUGUGAGAGCCGGAAUUCUUACUGGUUGGUAGGUGAUCAAAUACUUAUGUCACGCAAUAAAAUGGAAAUUAAUUACUUAAAAAUCAUACAAUAGGAUUUUCUGGAUUUUUGUUUUAAAUUCCGUCUCUCACAGUUGAAGUGUACCUAUGAUAAAAAUUACAGACCUCUACAUGCUUUGUAAGUAGGAAAACCUGCAAAAUCGGCAGUGUAUCAAAUACUUGUUCUCCCCACUGUAUAUAUAUACAAAAACGGAAUUUGAAUACUGAUUGUGCCGUUAUACAAUACAUAACAUACUGCAUAUUACACACGGCAGAAAAACUGAUUAAAGAUGUCUUUGGUACAUAAUUAGUCUAGCCUAUACUCUAAAAUUAAACACAUUAUAGUAAUUGUCUUUGAGUGUGGACGGUAUUAUUAUGCAUACUGGAUGGACUGGUUACCUUAUGCUACUCUCCAAACUUUCUAUCCAUGAGUCUGGGAAAGAACGUGUAGGCCUAGGCGAUGCUGUUGGUUCAUUAUUUGUACAAGGCGGUUUACAGAGUUAGCCUAUAGUGAAUAUCUCACCACCGUGCAUUUCCAUCUCCUCUCUCUCCUUCAUUCCUUUCUCCAGCGCGCAGAGAGAGGGGCUGUCAACAGUUUAAUUAAAUAUUUUUACUAUCGAUGUUCCCGAACAGAUUUAACUUGGUCUCCCAAAUUAAGCACUGGGUAGCUGCAGGACCAGGGUUGGAGAGCCCAUGGCAUACAGAGAUUGGGCGUAAUAUCACCUGUCGCACAGCGAGAGGCUGCAUGCUACCAAAACAGUGGUUGAUGCGUGGCGUGAAAUAAGUGUUAUUAUACACUGCUCAAAAAAAUUAAGGGAACACUUAAACAACACAAUGUAACUCCAAGUCAAUCACACUUCUGUGAAAUCAAACUGUCCACUUAGGAAGCAACACUGAUUGACAAUACAUUUCACAUGCUGUUGUGCAAAUGGAAUAGACAACAGGUGGAAAUUAUAGGCAAUUAGCAAGACACCCCCAAUAAAGGACUGGUUUUGCAGGUGGUGACCACAGACCACUUCUCAGUUCCUAUGCUUCCUGGCUGAUGUUUUGGUCACUUUUGAAUGCUGGCGGUGCUUUCACUCUAGUGGUAGCAUGAGACGGAGUCUACAACCCACACAAGUGGUUCAGGUAGUGCAGCUCAUCCAGGAUGGCACAUCAAUGCGAGAUGUGGCAAGAAGGUUUGCUGUGUCUGUCAGCGUAGUGUCCAGAGCAUGGACAGAGAUGGACAGAGAUGAGAUCCUCAGACCCCUUGUGAGACCAUAUGCUGGUGCGGUUGGCCCUGGGUUCCUCCUAAUGCAAGACAAUGCUAGACCUCAUGUGGCUGGAGUGUGUCAGCAGUUCCUGCAAGAGGAAGGCAUUGAUGCUAUGGACCGCCCAUUCCCCAGACCUGAAUCCAAUUGAGCACAUCUGGGACAUCAUGUCUCGCUCCACGUUGCACCACAGACUGUCCAGGAGUUGGCGGAUGCUUUAGUCCAGGUCUGGGAGGAGAUCCCUCAGGAGACCAUCCGCCACCUCAUCAGGAGCAUGCCCAGGCGUUGUAGGGAGGUCAUACAGGCACGUGGAGGCCACACACACUACUGAGCCUCAUUUUGACUUGUUCUAAGGACAUUACAUCAAAGUUGGAUCAGCCUGUAGUGUGGUUUUCCACUUUAAUUUUUAUGGUGACUCCAAAUCCAGACCUCCAUGGGUUGAUAAAUUUGAUUUCCAUUGAUCAUUUUUGUGUGAUUUUGUUGUCAGCACAUUCAACUAUGUAAAGAAAAAAGUAUUUAAUAAGAUGAUUUCAUUCAUUCAGAUCUAGGAUGUGUUAUUUUAGUGUUUCCUUUAUUUUUUUGAGCAGUGUAUAUCCCAGACAUUUCUAUGUGCAAUUCGUGUGAAAGCAAAGUUUUGAUGGUUGCCACUAAAAAGAGUAGGAUCCCAGCUGCUACUAUAUUUAUUUCUCAGCUGCUCAUAUUAAGCACAUGCUCCUCUAUAAAACCGGAGUAGCCUACCCGGCAUGAAAAACAAACAGGCGGCAAAGCAUUCACUAUUCCAGUGCAUACGUCUUCUUUCUCUUGCCCCUGUUCCUGCCCAUUGGAUAAUGGGCCAUUCUAAAUUGAAAUUCAUUUUACAUUUUAGUAAAGACAAGAUGUCGAAAGCAUUUCACAGAAAGGCUGGGCCAUGUUGACUCCAAUGCUUCCCACAGUUGUGUCAAGUUGGCUGGAUGUCCUUUGGGGGGUGGACCAUUCUUGAUACACACCGGAAACUGUGAGCGUGAAAAACCCAGCAGCAUUGCAGUUCUUGACACACUCAAACUGGUGCGCCUGGCACCUACUACCAUACCCCGUUCAAAGGCACUUAAGUAUUUUGUCUUGCCCAUUCACCCUCUGAAUGGCACACAUACACAAUCCAUGUCUCAAUUGUCUCAAGGCUUUUAAAAUCCUUCUUUAACAUGUCUUCUCCCCUUCAUUUACACCGAUUGAAGUGGAUUUAACAGGUGACAUCAAUAAGGGACCAUAGCAUUCAUCUGGAUUCACCUGGUCAGUCUAUGUCAUGGAAAGAGCAGGUGCUCCUAAUAUUUUGUACACUCAGUGUAUGUUUGGAUUUCUAAGACAUUCUAAGGUUUGUAUCAUUCACAACUAAAGUUGCCAAAUAACUCUAAAUCUAGCUAUAGGACCUGUUCCAAAUGAUCACUUUUGCGCUCAACAUACAGUAGCCACUUCAUAUGCGCACUCACUCUAGAAUUAGAAAAAUAUCCUUUCUAUUUUAUUCAGCUAAAUUCAAUUAAAUUAUUUUGACUAUAAAAAUCAUAUAAUAUAAAAUAAUGUCACAGGACUUAUAAGCAUAUCUUGUCUGCUAAAUGAACAAGCCUACAGCCUAUAUCAUGACGGAUAACCAGAAAACAUACAGUAGGCCAACUCAUAUUCUGUUCUUCUGACAUACAUUUUCUUCAUAUCACAAUGUUUCUUUAGACCUGCCUAAAAUAAAUAAUGGAUUGGUGUAUAUUAAAUUGAUUUAUUCGACUUUUUUUCUUCCAAAGGCGCGAAUCAGCGGCUUGUAUGUGUGGAGGGCUGGAGAUGCUAAACAUCUUUAUGUUAAUAAACGGUCAAUUAUCGUGAAACCGGCAGUCUUUUGGCUGACAACAUUUCAUGACCACCAAGUAUGAACAUUUCCAGAUGUGGACGAAAUGAUGGUACAACGUUGUUUAGAGGCUUGUGGUUUUUAGGAAUUACCAAACCCAAGAACCAAUUCAUUACCUUAUUGUUUUAUUCCUAAACCAGAGUAAAUAAUAUGAUAACAGCAGUGCCAUAGCCUGAGAAUGACAUUUAUUAUUUAUUGCCUGUCUGCCAAUGAACAGCACUUUCCAGAGUUAUGUAAAAGAUACUGCCAGUGAAUCCAAGUUGAAUAUUGGCCCGAAAAGGGAAAAUAAAUAGUGCAUGAAUCAGGGAUAUGUUUAGGCUGGCCGAGUGGCGAUGCCAACAAUGUGUUUAUCUCUGCCUAAGGAGAGAGAGAGAUAGAGAGAGAGAGGAGAGAGAGAGAGAUGAGAGGAGCGAGAGCUAGCUAUAGUCGAUCGAGAUAGAGAGAGAGUAGCGCUGCCAUCUCGAUAUGAAGGGCCAAAAGAGAGGGAGGAGAGGAGAAAGGAGGAAGAAGGCGGAGGGGAGAGGAGAGAGAGCAUUUGAAGCGGCAUAAGGAAGUGGGAACGGAAGAGGGAAAAGGGGGGAAACGAAGGAGAAUUUGGGGGAGAGGGGGAAGAAGGGGAAUCGCCAGCAGCACCAAAACCUAAACACAAAUUUUAUGUUUUUAAGGGCCCAAAGGGGAACCCACAAAACAACCCGCUGUUUAACCCCAAAACAGACUCUUUGGCAAUAAGGAAGGAAAUAAAAAAAAAAAAAAAAAUAGUAAAAAAUAAAAAAAAAAUAAAAAGAAAUAUAUAAUUAAAUAAAAUCAAUUUAUCUAAAAUCAAAAAAUGAUUUAGUCCACGAUAAAAAUAAAGAAACAAAACAUAGCCCAUGGGAAAAGGAAAAGAAGACAGAAACCCUUUACCCUUGAUUCAAAAAACUUAAUUAAAUACAUAAUUAAACAUGAUACGAUUUCCUAGGGUUUUCUUCUAAAGCCAAUUUUAAAAAAACAAGACAACAUUAACACAUGCAAAAUAUUAAACAAGAACCAAAAGCCCGGGGACAUGAUCCAUUUGAAGACAAAUGGUUAAACUCCAACACAGGGGUUGCAUUUAGUUAAUAACCGGAAUAAAAACCGGGUUAAAACCCCAAGUAAAGAAAUCACGGUUCCAAAAAGCGCUACAACCUUUGGCUUGAAGGCUACUAGAAACCCGAAACCCCGUUUGCAAUUUCCCAAAACAAAAGAAUAAUUUGGCCGAAUUUAAAAGAACUUUUGAUUUUAACAAAUUUAAAAAACCCGUUUUAAUUAAAAAAAACAAAAAAAAAAGGGGCCCCAAACAGUAAAGUGAUUAAAAUUUUAAAAUUUAAAACAAAUAAAGCAAAAAUUUUUUAAAUAAAGAGAAAAAAAAGGCCCCCAAUUUUCUAAACUAACAAAAAAAACGCCCCAAACUUCCCUCCGAUGUCUCUAUCCCCCACACACAGACUUUUUUCCCUUUCUAUUGACAGUCACCGAUGUUGGCAUGUCGAAAUAAACGGGUGUCUGAUCAGCAUUGCCGAUCUGAUCCAGCGGGUAGGAGUGCUUCUUCCUCAGGUUGAUAACAAAGCGCUGAAACGAAAGCAGCUUCUCUCCGAAGUCUGACGGCAGGCGUUGGGCCAAACUCGUUCUCCGUCUAAGUGACAGUCCAUUACGCCGCAUCAUCCUACGACACCAGCCGAGGCUGGCUUUAAAUCCAGUGAUGUUGAGCUCUCUGGCGAUUUCCAGGGCCUUAACCUGGAUGACAGCUCUGGUAAUGGGCAUUCCCUCACUUCUUUUUUCCCUGACAUAUUCAAAAACCCUCCGGUCAACCUCAAUGAAACGACCACUUUGAGGACCACGGAAGGAUUUUCGCUGACUGUUAGCAUCUUUUAGACGUUGUUUUUCUGCUCGCCAUCUUCUUACAUUACACUCAGUGACCCCGAAUGUCUUGGCAGCUUGGCAGUUGUUAGAUGAAUCUCAUCAUUGCAGUUACAUCGUAGGGUACAUUCAUAUGGGCACAGAAUACAUCAAACAGUUUUUUUACUUUCUUUUUAAAGCUGCCUAGAGAGGACGUCUUUUUCUAUGGGCAGAGGCAACUGAUUCCACUCUGAGGCUCCAGUAUACAAGACAGUACCUUUCCCAGCAUUACUCCUGAACCUGUAUAAGCACAUAUUAGCAACACCUGAUCUGGUGCUGUGAUUGUGUGCAUAAUAUGGGGAAAAAAAUCAGUUAGAUAUCUGGGCGCAGAACCAUAAAUACUCCUGUAAAGCAAACCCAGUCUAAUCUGGGACACCCUAGCCUCAACAGGCAGCCAGUUGAGUUCCUGAAAGCAGCUCCUGCCUAUGUGAUUACGUGGAUUCACCUUCAAUAUUACCCUGAUCAGCUUAUUCUGGGCUAUCUGGAGCUUCCCCUUCAUAAGCUUAGAUAAGCCCCCAAACCAGGAAGUACUAGCGUAGUCAAGAAUUUGGCAUUGAAUGAGGGCAGUGGCUAACACUCUCAUGGAGUCCUUAUCAAGCAGCUUGGACGUUCUAGCCAAAAACUUAGUCCUGGCAUUAACCUUCCCUGGCACUUUAGUGGCCAUGCUCACACCUCCCAAGCUUCCAUCAAGGAUGCAUCCCAGGUAGCUAACAGAGGUUUUAGUAGUUACCACCUCACCCCCUAACUCCACUCUGAUUUCAGAGGACCUACACAAUUUACAGUGCCUUGCAAAAUUAUUUUUCCUAUUUUGUUGCAUUAUAACCUGUAAUUUAAAUAGUUUUUUAUUUGGAUUUCAUGUAAUGGACAUACACAAAAUAGUCCAAAUUGGUGAAGUCAAAUGAAAAAAAUAACUUGUUUCAAAAAAUGCAAAAAAAAUAAAUAAUGGAAAAGUGGUGCGUGCAUACAGUUGAAGUCGGAAGUUUACAUACACUUAGGUUGGAGUCAAUAAAACUUGUUUUUCAACCACUCCACAAAUUUGUUGUUAACCAACUAUAGUUUUGGCAAGUCGGUUAGGACAUCUACUUUGUGCAUGACACAAGUAAUUUUUCCAACAAUUAUUUACAGACAGAUAAUUUCACUUAUAAUUCACUGUAUCCCAAUUCCAGUGGGUCAGAAGUUUACAUACACUAAGUUGACUGUGCCUUUAAACAGCUUGACAAUUCCAGAAAAUGAUGUAAUGGCUUUAGAAGCUUCUGAUAGGCUAAUUGACAUAAUUUGAGUCAAUUGGAGGUGUACCUGUAGAUGUAUUUCAAGGCCUACCAUCAAACUCAGUGCCUCUUUGCUUGACAUCAUGGGAAAAUCAAAAGAAAUCAGCCAAGAACUCAGAAAGAAAUUGUAGACCUCCACAAGUCUGGUUCAUCCUUGGGAGCAAUUUCCAAACGCCUGAAGGUACCACGUUCAUCUGUACAAACAAUAGUACGCAAGUAUAAACACCAUGGGACCACGCAACCAUCAUACCGCUCAGGAAGGAGACGCGUUCUGUCUCCUAGAGAUGAACGUACUUUGGUGCGAAAGUGCAAAUCAAUCCCAGAACAACAGCAAAGCACCUUGUGAAGAUGCUGGAGGAAGCAGGUACAAAAGUAUCUAUAUCCACAGUAAAACGAGUCCUAUAUCGACAUAACCUGAAAGGCCGCUCAGCAAGGAAGAAGGCACUGCUCUAAAACCGCCAUAAAAAGGCCAGACUACGGUUUGCAACUGCACAUGGGGACAAAGAUUGUACUUUUUGGAGAAAUGUCCUCUGGUCUGAUGAAACAAAAAUAGAACUGUUUGGCCGUAAUGACCAUUGUUAUGUUUGGAGGAAAAACGGGGUAGCUUUCAAGCCGAAGAACACCAUCCCAACUGUGAAGCACGAGGGUGGCAGCAUCAUGCUGUGAGGGUGCUUUUCUGCAGGAGGGACUGGUGCAUUUCACAAAAUAGAUGGUAUCAUGAGGAAGGAAAAUUAUGUGGAUAUAUUGAAGCAACAUCUCAAGACAUCAGUCAGGAAGUUAAAGCUUGGUCACAAAUGGUCUUCCAAAUGGACAAUGACCCCAAGCAUACUUCCAAAGUAGUGGCAAAUGGCUUAAGGUCAACAAAGUCAAGGUAUUGGAGUGGCCAUCACAAAGCCCUGACCUCAAUCCUAUAGAAAAUCUGUGGGCAGAACUGAAAAAGCGUGUGCGAGCAAGGAGGCCUACAAACCUGACUCAGUUACACCAGCUCUGUCAGGAGGAAGGGGCCAAAAUUCACCCAACUUAUUGUGGGAAGCUUGUGGAAGGCUAUCCAAAACGUUUGACCCAAGUUAAACAAUUUAAAGCCAAUGCUAUCAAAUACUAAUUGAGUGUAUGUAAACUUCUGACCCACUGGGAAUGUGAUGAAAUAAAUAAAAGCUGAAAUAAAUCAUUCUCUCUACUAUUAUUGUGACAUUUCACAUUCUUAAAAUAAAGUGGUGAUCCUAACUGACCUAAUGUUAGUAAGCUCUGUGCUAAGUAUGCUCUCCAACAUAGUUUUACUUUUGUGAGACACCAGAAGUGUAUAGUCAUCUGCAUAAAGACAGCAAGAACAAGCAUCUUUCAUAUCGUUUAUAUACAGAAAAAACAGUAGAGGCCCAAGCACACUCCCCUGUGUGUCCAAUCUAUGUCCAAUCUAUAGUUGAAGAUGCCAGAGACACACAGCACAUCAUUCACUCACUGUAACUAUGCUACCCAGCCAUCCUCCAUGUAACACCAGGCUCUAUUGGAUAAGUGAUAAAACACAAAUUAGAGUAGAAAAGGACAUUGAUUGACCAAGAUGGCAACUUGAUUAGCACUAAAUCCUUUUCACUGUGGCCUGUCGAGGUUCCCCUUCUAUUACUGUGGUGUUUAAUUCCCCGGCCUCGUGUCAAUGCAUGAAUAAUACUCUGUCUUGCCAAGCCCCAAAACCCACUCAUUAACUACUAGCUAGUUUAUUCUACCUGCUCCUAAUUCUUGCCAUUUGUCUCCAUUAAAAUAACAGUAUGUUAGUUUAAAGCAGACCGCUGCUCCUUGCAUUUUGGAAUGUUCUUUCUCUCUUUUCUUUGCGGGGUGAAUAAGUGGCUACCAACAUCCAUUAAUGACAUCCAUCUAUUUCCUGUGGGGCCCGCUUUUAUUUCUCUGGUCCUCUCUCCUCUCCCAGACACACGCAUCACCAUCCCUUUGCUUUUGGAGUAAUUUAAGAAACAUUUACUAUGUUGUGUGGGGCAAGUAGUGAGGGAUGGAUGAAAGUAGCUGCAUAGAUAUAUAAGAUGAGAAGCCAGAAGGGAGAGAAGCGAGAUGAGAGAGAGAGAUAGUAGUGAUAGUAUAUCGAUGAUCUUAGUACUAUCGCUAUUCUCUCUCUCUAUCUCCUCUCUAUCUCUAUCUUAUAUCUCUUAUCUCUCUCUCUUCUCUCUCUCUCUCUCUUCUCUCUCUCUCUCUCUCUCUCUCUCUCUCUCUCUCUCUUUUCCCCAUUCUUCCUCUGGCUGGGAGGAAGCUCUUUGUUUUCUAUUGGUAUUGUCCCUGGUACUGCGAAAGAACAAGUUUUCUCCUGACAUUUUCUUAAUUGAUCCAUGGCAGCAGCUUUGUGCUCUCCUGUUUUUCACUGCUUUAAUAAUUCAUAUAUUCCAUUCUCCAGAGGAGCUUCUAUCAUGUUCUUUGGGGGAAAAUAAACAUAUUGUCUUAUGCCUCUUUUCAGAUGUGCUGUCAGUUAUUGUAAACAUUGUGAAUAAUUUCUCAUACCAUUAGAAGAAAAUAACUUUGUGAAGUUCAUGUGUAAAUACAGUAAGGAACUUAAAGCAAUUAUUCACUAUUAAGUCCAGAGUGUACAGACAUUAUUCCGCUGCAAAGUUAAUGUUCCGCAACGCUUCGGCGUUGGGAGAUAUUCUCAAUCAGGAAGACAGUUAUUACAGCCAUUAAAAUAACCAUCCACUUUAGGUAAUGAACACAAUUAGCCGUUACACCAAUAGCAUACCUUCACAGGAGAGCAUUCCUCCCCACCCACUGAGGCACAGAGAAAUAGGCCACUUUGUCAAGCUGUAAACUCCCACAUGUUUACUAAGGCCAGGGCUGAGAUGCUUUGUCUACUGACUUUAGAACACUAAUGAAGGCUAAAAACAGAAAUGUAUUGUUUUAUAAUGUAUGUAUGUAUUUUUCUCUUCAACAUCCAUUGUCCUCCAAGAGUAUCUGAACAGUCUUUCACAUAUCCACUGUAUCCACUGACUUACUGACAUCCUUUUCUGUGUCUCUGUUUGUCUGUCUGUCUUUCUCUGUGUGUCUGUAGGUCUUCUUCAGGAGUCUUUCAUUGACGAACCAGACGGUCUGGUAUCCGUGAACCUGCUGGUCGUGUCUGCAGUCUCAGCCUUCACCACGGGGGCGGUGCUGUCGGGCCUGGCUGUCUGCUGGAUCAUGAGUCAUCGCCACCGCCACCGCACGCGAGGGGCAGGAGCCAAUAGGAGUCGUAAAGGGGACAAGGAGCAGAACAUGCUGGGUCAGGGGCGGAGCGGCUCGGUGAUGAGUGUGACCCGUACCAGUGGCAGCGAGAGGCCCCGGUCACAUUCCCAGGCAGACAACCCGUUCGUAAUGCCCAAUGGCUGGCCUAAAGGUGAGAUGGACCCAGGCCUACCUACUCCAGAACAGACCCCCCUGCAGCAGAAACGGCCUCCACCCAGCAUGAGGCUCCCAGACGGAGACUGGGACCAGAGCCAGACCUUCCUCACCUCAGUGGGCAUGCCCUGCCCAGCCAACUCAGUCAUCUACCUGAGCUCCAAGUUCCUGCAGGAGAGAGGGGGCAGGCACGAGGACCCAGGGAACGUGGGGCCCCCCAACAUGGAGCGAACACGUUACCUGGUCCUGGCCAGCCACCGGGAGCCCCACGGGGGACAACCCAGGACCACCCUGAGGAACUCUGCAGGCGAGUACAACUACCCAGCCACGCCGCAGGACUCCCCAGACCGCAGGAGAGUGGUCUCAGCCCCCAGCACCCAGAUGGACUUUGGGGAGCCCCCCCGCUGGACCCAUGAGGGGCUCAACUAUAACAGCAACAACGGAGCGCCCUACCCCUCCCAGCACCCGGGCCUGAUCCGGGCCAACCACCACGGCCUGUCCGACUUCAGUCACCUGAUGGGAAAGAGCGUGGGCGAGCGUACCCCUAGUGGCCAGUGA